GUUUCAGCAGAAUGGCUCCAAUUAUCACAACAACAACAGAAGCAGCAGCCUCAGAGAAAAAGGAGAAAACAGAUAAUGAAAUGGAAAAGUAUGCGGAAGGAUUGAGAAGAGCAAACGAUGCGAUGAAAUCAAUGAUGGAAAUGGUGAGUAUGCCGGAUUUCGAGGAGCGCGAUGGCUGGAAGCGUAAAAAUUCGAAUAAGAACGAUGUGGUCUUCUCAAAACGCUACUCAAUGGGCAAAGUUUUCACAAUGAGAGUGAGAAAACAUUCAUCUGCUUUCUGUAAAACCGUCUUCGAUUUUCCACUUCAACAAGCGUUUGCCGAGCACUGGGAGAAUUUUGUGGAUAUUAUUCAUUACAACAAGAAUAUUUCGAAUGUUCGCGUUAUUGCAGAACUUUCAGCGCAUGCCGAUGUUGUUUAUUACGCAAUGAAAGAUGUCGCUGCCGUGAAAGGUCGAGAAUUCUUGACGUGUCGAACAUUCAGACGUGUGGGUGAUGAGAUUAUUGAGGCAGCGCGUAGUUUCGACUUGGCUGAUGUGCCGAGAAAUCCAGACAAAAUUCGGGGCGAGGUUGUUUUGGCUGGAGGACGUUUUCGUAUGCAUCCAAAAGAUGCCACCAAGACAGUUGUGGAUUACGUGAUGUGCGUUGAUUUCAAAGGACCUGAUAUACCGAAAGUUAUCAUGGAUGCCACCAUGGGUAUGUUCAUCAUACAGGAUGCGGACUACACCCGAAAACAGAUCGAAAGGCUCAAAAAUGAGGCAACUUGAACACCGUCCUUGAUCACUUAUGCAUUUUGACGUAUCACAUUGCGUUUGUAAUGUCCAAUUUUGUAUUUUGUUGUG